GUUUGAUGAAUACUGACAUCCCUGUUUGAUUAAAUUCGUGGCAGAAGUCUAAUUGUAAUACAUUACUGGAUGAAAUAGAAAUUGUGCAAUUUUGUAUUGUAUAUAAAUUUUACGAAGUGAUUCUACCAGAUUGUUACACAAGUAUUACAAAUACAGCUUGGAUUAUAAAUGGCUGCUAUCGUGGAUCCCAGGAAAAGGUCUCGUGAAGAAGAUGUGAGCGAAUUUAUGCCAUUGUCCAAGCGCAUCAAUAACUUGCAUUUGAACAACAGUCAGGCUGUGGGUGGAUUUCAAAUAGAUCACCACCAAGCUGGCCUUCACAUGCCCCUGCUUGAAGGACAUCAAGCAGCAGUGUUUAGCCAUCAGGGCAGUUCGAGCAGUUCGGGUAGUACCUGUCAUUCAAUACCUUCCGGAGGAAGCUCUCCCAGUGGAACACGUUCAUCACACGGUCAGGAACCGUUGACGGUGAAUGGUGAACUCUUGGGAGAUUACUGUCCGGAUCUGGGCGAACAUGAGAAUCCACACUAUUUUAAUCAAAACAAGGAAUUGUAUGAACUGUACGUGGAACGAAUGCGACGAAUGCAGUGAUUAGUUGUGAACGGUGGGACACAUUUCGGUUGUAGCUUUGAACUUUUUGCCGUUUAUUUAGUAUUGAUUUUAUCGAAUAAAUCGUAGAAAUACUUCUGCGUGGUUUAAUUUUCUCUGAUUUUUGAUUCAAACCGAAAAAAUGACAAACUCGAUUUAGUCAGUAAAGAUUUGCUAUUUAUAUAUAUGCUAAAGAUAUUACUU